AUGAAGCUGGUCACUGCGAUCCACAUUGCGUUGUCCCUAUCUCUACAAACAGAUGGAUCUGUUGUAUGUAAUGAGCGGUUGAGAAGCCACCAGUUUUGUAUCGAUGUAUGUCAUCCUUGUUCUGGAUCUUUGAUAGAAGGUUUUGGUUUACCUCUUGUUCAGCAAAACCUUCGGAAUACCUUAAACAAUCUCAGGAGCUCAGUCUGGGAGUUAACCGAGCAUCUUAACAACUCCAAACGAGAAUAUGAAAGAACGAUUUUUGGAGAUGACAUCUCCCUUAUUAACCAAAUUGAAACUGCAGAGGACUUGACAAUCUCUACUGAAGUCACAGGAAGCUGUGAAAUUACUCGUGCUCAUUUGCGAUUGGUGGAACUCCUCACAGAAACCUCUUUAUUGAUGAAACCUCUUCAUACUGGAUACGCCAUACAAAAAUCUCUAACGAUCGGAUGGUCAGACAACACCCUACAAAAUGUUCUGUGUUAUCUCCAAUUUUUACCCACUGUUAAUUCUGAAGACAAUGUUUAUAUUCCUUGUUCAUAUAUUGUAAAAUUCAGACGUUUAGGAACUGGCAAAAGGAAAAUGUUUGCCUUGUGGAUGCUGAAUAGAAUACAGACUGCAGUAGCUUUGAUACCAGAAAUUGAAUCAGCGUAUAGUGUAAUCCGGAAUCAGGCUUUAGUUUAUCUUUAA